UCCAUUGCUCUAUUGUCAAUUAAUACUCCCUUACUCUUACGAUUUACAAAAAGUAUUUAAAAUUGAAUGGAGAAAAUGUUACAAUUCAUAUUGUAAUAAAGUUUCACAUUGUUUACACGGUGUUCCAAUUUUUUGUGCUUAAACCUUUUCUUCCGGCAAAAUGUCUAAAUGGCAAUCAGAGAGAAGCAUUCACGAAAUGUUGAAGGAUACUCCACCGCUGCGAGAGUCCAGUGACUCUAUCACAUCUGGCACUGAGGCCAAAUUCCCCACAUCAAGAUCUAUGCCUUUCCCACCAGCUUACGCUCCACCAGAUGUGUCUCAGAACAGCGGUGCAGGAAACAGCACCUUGUUGCGAGCGGGCUCCACAAAGCUGGAGUCCCUCAAGAACUGGGGAGUGUCCACGUACAAGUGCACUCGGCAGCUGCUCUAUGAGAAGCUGGGCAAGACUUCCAGGACUGUUGAUACAGAUUUGGAAGCAAAGAUAGAGAGUCUGCGGGAGACACAGCGUAAGUACAAUGGCGUACUGCGGUUGAGCAGCGCGUUGGCGUCGCAGCUCGGCGCGGCGCAACACACCCAGCGUGCGCUCGGAGACGCCUUCGCCGACCUCGCGCAGAAGUCGCCCGAGCUGCAGAAUCAGUUCCUCUACAACGCGGACACGCAGCGGUCGCUGACGCGCAACGGUGAGGUGCUGCUAGCGGCACUGCACUUCUUCAACAACUCACUCAACACCCUCACCAACAAGACCAUCGAGGACACUCUGCUCACCAUACGACAAUACGAGGCCGCGAGAGUGGAGUACGACGCGUACCGCAGCGAGCUGGAGGCGUGCGGCGGCAACCCGGGCGAAGCGGUGCUCGCUCGCAUCGAGCGCCACCGCCGCCACUACGAGCGUCUGCGCGACGACUCCGCCGUCAAGUUGCAGCUGCUGCACGAGAACAGGGUGAAGGUGAUGAACAAGCAGCUGCUGCUGUUCCACAACGCGGUGUCCGCCUACUUCAGCGGCAACAACGUGGCGCUCGAGGCGGCUGUGCGACACUUCAGCGUGCCCGGCGCGCCGCACGCCGCACCGCACACCGCACCGCACGCCGCACCUCACACCGCACCGCACGCCGCACCGCACGCCACACCGCACACCGCACCGCACUUCCCGGCCGCGCCGCAGCCGCCGCUGUCGCCGCCCGCCGCCGCGCCCGCGCCGCCGCCUUCAUAG